UCAAUCAUAUCCCCUCUAUUUGUUAUAUUAUAGUAGACCCAAAUCAAUAUAUUAACUGGUUUAACUUCUUGUUGUACAGACGCAUAUUGUACGCGUCUUCUACAAUAGAUACGACUGGUUACUUUUGUACUACUCGUGAUUGAAAAUGUCUAUUUUAGAAGCGUUCUUGAUUAAAAACACCACAAAAUGUGCAUUCACCCACAAGUAUACUUUUGAAAUAUCUAAAGAAAAUAAGAAUGUUGGUAGGCUAUAGAGUUCUUGUUUGUGAUUUUGGUAUUGUUAUGAUUGUUUUUGACGUGAUGAUAUGCAACCACAAAGCAGCACAGAUGCAUACACGGGAGGGGCAGGAAUGUCAUCACAAAUAUUUCCAUGGAGUUUCAACCCGGUCCAACAACCCUACAAUCCGGUUCCUUUCCCCAUCAACUCGGGCCGGGAUCACGACCCGUUCCUCCUCCCGCCGGCUCCGUCCCCGUACGGCGGGUUUUUCGGCCGGAGGCAAUCCUUGCCCUUCGCGUACGACGACGCGCCACCGUCGGAGCAUCUCCGGCUGAUCUCCGACACGCUGUUAGGUCAAGUAGUGCACCCCGGUUCGGCUGGGCCGUUUGGGCUCCAAGCCGAGCUGCAGAAGCUGGCGGCUCAAGAAAUAAUGGACGCUAAGGCCCUCGCCGCCUCGAAGAGCCACAGCGAAGCCGAACGGAGAAGAAGAGAGAGAAUCAAUAAUCAUCUUGCUAAGCUUCGCAGCCUUCUUCCCAACACUACAAAAACGGAUAAAGCUUCAUUGCUGGCAGAGGUGAUACAGCAUGUGAAGGAGCUGAAGAGACAGACGUCAGUGAUCGCCGAGACGACGCCGGUGCCGACGGAGACCGACGAGCUCACUGUCGACAACGUCUCCGGCGAGGUGGGCAAUAACAAACUAUUGAUAAGAGCGACGCUGUGCUGCGACGACCGGUCGGACCUCUUGCCUGACCUCAUCAAGACCCUAAAGGGUCUCCGGCUGAAAGCAUUGCGGGCCGAAAUCACCACCCUCGGCGGCCGCAUGAGAAACGUGCUGUUCAUCACCGGCGACGGCGAAUGCGACGGCGACGACGAGCCGUUGCAGUCCAUAAGUUCCGUUGAAGACGCGCUGAGAGCGGUGAUGGAGAGAUCAAACGGCGGAGAAGAUCAGUCAGGGAGUGUGAAGAGACAAAGAACGAAUAAUAUUAACAUAUUUCAACACCACAAAUAAUCUCUUAUUGAUUUCUACUAAUCCCAGUGGGCUAGAUUCAAAAGGAUCAGUUAAUGUCAGUCUUGAGUCUGGUUCGUUCUCAAAGAAAAAAAAUUGAUGAAGGGGUUGUUUGGUUAGUUGCAAUCUCAUCACCACUAAGGAGAUUAUUAUAAGCCAAGUUAGUGGUGAGUGUUUAAUGUUUAAUUUAGAGAAUAUUAGUUAGAAGCUUAUAAGUUUCUUGGUUGUGGGGUUUAUAAUUAUAUAUUGUGGAAUGACAAAAUUUAUUUGUCACUUAA